GGUUAUCUUUAAAUUGUAGACCAUUGGGGAGUUUAGCUCACUGAGCAGAAGAAACAACAUAGUACUGCUUCAAGUCUAAAUGUGCUCUGUCUCUUUAACUGACCGUGCCUUGUGUAAACAUUACUGUGCGCAAUACUAUUUCACACAGAGCGUUGUUGCUGCCUCUGCCAGAACUUCAAAGAGCCGUGGACGGCACCCAUUACUUGGAAAGAGAGAAAAUCACUCAAAAUCAAAAGUGCAUUUGUCUCCCCGAUACGUUACCGCAGGACUCCCCGUGGGUUCCCCGCUGUGUCUGAUGGGCUUCCCCUGUCUGCGGCUCAGCAGGAAGUGAGCAGGUGAGACGCACCUGUUCAGAACACAGACUGAAACUCAGCACUAGUAUCUGAUGGCUGGCAAACACUUCGGAUAGCUGUAUGAUAUGCCAAAACGCACAUCACGCUAUUAUUCCUAACAGCAAUUCGCCGAUAAAAAGAAGACAUGGACUUAGACCUGCACUGGGCUCCAAAGCCGGAUUACGUGUUGCGUUUUUGAAACAUAUCCCUCCGCGACCUAUACAGGUGGGACGCGAAACUGUUCACACGAGUUUCUGUUAUGGGGAAUCAAGUGGAGAAACUUACCCAUUUGAAUUACAAUGAAUUACCCACCGCUGACCCUAAUGGAUUUGACCUAGAAGACGACGCUCCACGGAUCGGCGUGUCUUAUAUUUUCUCCGCGGAUGACGACGAGCAAGAGGAGAACAUCGAUGAGACAGAAAAGGAAGAUGUUAAGCACUACGACUGUCGCGAUGAAUUAGAAAGCGCGGUAUAUUAUCGCGACGAGUGUAUAUAUGAAAGGAAUAGCAGGUUCGGUGAAGUGGGAACCAUGUCGUGCGAAAACUUGGCGAAUAAGUGCAAACCCGGUGACCUGGUGGAGUUUGUGGCUAACGGUCAGUACCCGCACUGGGCAGUAUGCGUCGGCGACCAACAGGUGGUUCAUUUGCAUAGAAACGAGAUUAAAUGCGACUUUCUUUUCGAUGCCAGUCAAGGUAAAAGGGGCAGAAUUGUGAACGAGCUGUAUAAGUUUCAGGCGCUGAGCCCGGAUGUUGUGGUGCAGAAUGCCAUGGAGCAAGUGGGGAUGAAAGAGCGAGACAUUUGCUGGAAGAACUCUGAAUGCUUCGCUGCCUGGUGCAGGUUUGGCAAACGCGAGUUUAAAACGGGAGGCGAGAUACGAAUCGGGAAGCAGCCGUACAAGAUGAAACUGCAGCUGUCAGAGAAGAAAAGUCACGUUUUGGACUUUCAGAGUUUGGAGGAUUUGAUCAUGGAAAAGAGGAGAAACGAUCAAAUGGGAAGGGAAGCCGUCAUUCAGGAACUGGAGAAUCAUUUAAAUUGCACGGAAGACACUGAGAAUGAUUACAGUUGUAACUGAUGAUGGAUCAAAGAGGGAGGUUCUCUAGAGGGCAAACAGCCUCAUCAUGGAGGAUCGUGUGGGCUUUAUUUGUAAUCACCUCAAGCACAGAGGCAGUGUUGCAAUUUCAUCAGUUUCUCAAGAGAGUUUUCCGUUAGCAGUACUUUUAUAAAUUGAACAACUUCAGCUUGUUUGCAUUGAUAAUCCUGGUGUUUAAGGAUUUGCUUUGCUGUAUUCUCAUCCAAGGGAAUGUUUAAUGAAAUCCUUUCCACAUCACCUUUUAAUGAUCACAUUUACAGUAUUUUAUUUUGAGGACUGGCAAAUUAGGCUAUGUAUUCCCUUGACACAUAUUUCAAUAAAGUCUGAAUAUUUUUACUUAAG